GGAGACAGCGACCUUGGGGGGACGCAGACGCUUGCUGGAACUGGCAGAGCCAACAUGAGGUCUUUACUAGUAACACUCGUGACGGUGGUGGCGGUGGCAACUGGGGCUCCUCAAGGGGAUAACCAAGUGGUGGUGACAAACCCACACAACUACCCGUCUCUCCUCUACAUCAACUCGGCUUCCGGACUGACCCGACACACCAAUAGCAGCGGCUCCCCAGUCUUCGAGCUCAUCCUCUAUCCUGCCAAUCCUAGCCCGCCCACUCCGAGGAAGGCCGUGGUGGUGCUGGGAGGAGGGGAAGCAACGGGCACUCUCAUCCUGACCCAAGCCGCGCCGCCCACAGGGGAGGUGCACAUCGAGGGUGUCGUCAGUAACCUAACGCCUGGUCUGCAUGGCUUCCACAUCCACGAGAAGGGAAGCCUCGAGAAUGGCUGUAUCUCGGCGGGAGGACAUUACAACCCCUAUAUGCGCGACCACGGCUCUCCAAUACACCUAGAGCGACAUGUGGGUGACCUCGGGAAUAUUUUGGCUGAUCAGAGCGGCGUCGCGCAUGUCAACAUCACUGAUCCGCUCGUGACGUUGGUCGGGCCGAGGUCAGUCAUCGGGAGAGCUAUUGUUGUGCACGCCGGGGAGGACGAUCUAGGCGGUGGUGGCCAUCCCUCCAGCCUCAAGACGGGCAACGCCGGGGGUCGUGUUGGCUGCGGCGUGAUUGGGAUUGCCUAGAUACCUGUUUUUGUCUCUUGACUUCCGCUUCUCUUGUUUUUCUUGGUUACCGUUUUAUCUCGUGUUCUGUCUUUCUGGUCUCUCGUUUUUCUUGCUUUUCAUUUUCCUUGUUUCUCUUGUUUCUUGUUUUCAGUUGUUGUUGUUUUUUUCAAUUGUAUGCCUUAACUUUCGUUUUCUUUAACUCAUAUUUUCUCCAGUUUUUCCCUCUCCUCCGUAUGGACAGAUGAACACGACUAGUUCAGUGUCGUGCCACAAUACGACCUGGCCAGUAUUCAAAAACGCUCUUCUCU